CGAUACUAUUCAAAGAUUGGAAUCAUAAAGCAUCACCUGAAGCGAACUCAGCAAAAGUAAAUAAACGGGCGGGAUAAACCUCUUCAAGCCACGAGACCGUGCAGAUCGACAGAUAACGAGCUGAACGGAGCUCAUGUCUCAGUUUGAAUCACGUAUGAUGAGAAUAUGCAAUUUAACAAAAGCACCUUCGUGCAGGUGAGACAAGCAGAUAAGCUGCACAUUCCCCUCGUCCCAUGUUGAUAAGUUAGACCCCCAACAUGCGAUUGCGACAGGAGCAUUAUCAAGCUGAAAUUGACAGGCGUGACAGAGCUGCAGCUGGAAGUCUGUUAAGGGUAUGAAUAUGUGACAAGUUCACGAGGCUGAUCUCCACUGCAUAAACCUGAGCAGGGAGCCCUUGAUCAAAGUAAUAUCCCUGGGCUGAAGCUUCAGUGUUGAUGUCGUGCAACAGGGACUCGAGAGACUCGGCAAUUGCCAACAAACAUGUUUUGUUCUUCUUCCUCUUCCUCUUCUUGUUGUUUCCCUUUGUUACCCUGCUUCGGGACGUCGCACACAGCACUCGAAGUGAUCGUGUUAGGUGAAACGGGGGGGUUCUUUAUUCGCAUCUCCGAGCCAAAGGAGGUUGAAACACAUAACACAAAGAUCUUCGUCAAUCCGCAGUGGCCAGUGGUCACGCGUGCGUCACAAUUUGCAUUCGCAUCAAAGCACUCGACACUUGUAAAGCAGAUCCCCUUGUUAAGCGAGAGCUUUGAAUAUAGGGGACCAAGGGCAUGGACCAGAGAGAGCUACUUGCAACAAGCCCCCGACGCCUUCCGGAUCACCAGAUGGAUAGGCUCUUAAUGCGCUGCAACUUGCAAGGCGAGGCAAUCAGGACCAGGCGGGAACAGAACGAGUCCAAUCGGACAUGUCACGAUCUGAUAUACGACACCACCAGUGAAGCGAAGUCAAAGGACAAGCAUACCCUUACAACAAAGCAACGCACGCACGGAGAACAAUCGGAUCUGACGAGCAGAUCGUCGUCCCAUUCUCUGACCCCUAUUCCCUUACUUUUUUUUGUCACCUCUUUCUUUGGUUCUUGUCUUUAUGCAAACACUUGGUGCCGGGUGGCCCAAUCCUCGUGUCGCCAUCAAUUAUCGCAUUCGUCCUCUGCUACUAGCUGGUGUAAGUUAACGUCAAUAACAAAGGGUCCUUGUUUGCGCCAUUCAGCACGGUUCUCGCGCAGUCCCUCGAGGUCAAGUAUUUGUUAUGGCUAAAGGACUGGCUGACAGGCCUUUGUCCCAAAUUUCCAAGCCAAAGACCAGAAAAUUUGCCCCUGAGUUAGAAGGUUUCAUAUUUGCAACUGAGGGAUACUCUGGAUGGUUCUUAUACGGGAUAAGGCUGUCAUUGAAGGAAUGGCGUUGAUGAAUCAGGUAUCCGCCUGAUAAAGAGCUACUUUACCCUAUGACGUCUAUAUGUGUGGUUGAAAGUAUCUGGGUAUUGAUGACUAACAGUGGACCCUCCCUGCGCGCGGGCUCCCGUAUCUUUGGGAUGAUGACGCUAAAAGGCCCUGAAGAGUUCCAGUAUCGCCGUUGCACCUGCCAUCCAUGGAUCGACGGACGCUCCAGAGUCCAGGCCUUGCCUCAUUUCCAUUCCAUAUUACGGCUUCUUGUGUCUGACAUUGAUUUUGCGUUAUCAUAUCACUCACUUGGUGUCACUUAUCAACAACUGUAAUCUAAUCAUCGAUUCGACUCGACUCCAAUUUCGGAUUCUUCUUGGUAAGGUAGGUAUCUUGGAUUUGCAUCAAGAAGUCGGUAAACGAUACCGACCAGCCAGCGCACAGCAUCGCGACCUACCUAAUCACUAACAGGUUUGAAAUUUCCGUUGACCGUAGCCUCCUCAGUCACUCCCAGGCUCUCCACCUCCACCCAUUCGCUGGCCUAGAUCCAGAACCCAAACCAAACCAAAGCGCACCUCAACGCAACUCCAUACCAAUCCGCUACCUAGACCUACCGAAAGCCGCAUCCACCGCAAUCUUGACUUGUCUUCAACCACCUCAAUCCGCCAUCAAACAGUACAACCCAACAUAUUCGCCUUCCCUCGACUUAUCAUCCUUAUUUCGACCUAUUCUCCCCGACACCUAUUUGGACUCGACUUUCUCCGCUCCGCAACCCCCCGCUCUCUUACCGUAGUCGCGCGCAUCCGCCCGCCAAUAGAGCUUUACCACUCGACCGCUUGCAUUUCACUUCAACAUAGACGAGCUCCUGCCGAGGAGCUUUCGUGAGGAACAAUGGCUGUUGUCGCAACUAUUAAGUGCGUCGUCGUUGGUGACGGUGCUGUUGGAAAGACCUGUCUUCUCAUCAGCUACACAACAAACAAGUUUCCCUCCGAAUAUGUCCCUACAGUCUUCGACAACUACGCAGUUACGGUUAUGAUAGGAGAUGAGCCGUACACUCUCGGUUUGUUCGAUACCGCUGGUCAAGAAGAUUAUGACAGACUGCGACCUCUUUCAUAUCCCCAGACCGAUGUCUUCCUCGUCUGCUUUUCCGUCACCUCGCCUGCUUCCUUCGAAAACGUCCGCGAGAAGUGGUUCCCCGAGGUCCGCCACCACUGCCCUGGCGUUCCCUGUUUGAUUGUUGGUACCCAGGUGGAUUUGAGGGACGACCCUAGUGUUCGAGAGAAGCUGUCAAAGCAAAAGAUGCAACCAGUACGACGAGAGGAUGGUGAACGAAUGGCGAAGGACCUGGGUGCUGUCAAGUACGUUGAAUGCAGUGCUCUCACCCAGUAUAAGCUUAAGGAUGUAUUUGACGAGGCUAUCGUUGCAGCACUUGAGCCCCCUGCUCCUAAAAAGAAGUCACACAAGUGCCUUGUCCUAUAAACGGAAAUGGGAUAGCCGCAGCCGAGCUAUGACACCACCUUCUCCUACUUCCCCUGGGAAUUUUUGGUUGAGUUAGGAACAUGCCCAGUAGACAUGCACGAAUAGAGUUCUUUGGCGAAGGCACGGCAAGACGACAUUGGGAUGACCUGCGCUGGUGGAACGGAACGUUAUGGGUUUCAAAGAGAGUGUUCGUUCUUUGCAUGAGGUGAACUAAGAGACGGAACAAAACUCGGGGAGCAGGCGUCCUGUUCCGCAACGAGAAGAGGAAGAAGGUUUUGAAGGGGUGGCACCGAUCGAGAGCUGCCGGGAGCCGCUGCGCGUAGCCCCCAGCCGGAACUUCCACCGAAAAGCCUCUUCUAUCCCAGUGGUCUCCCCGAGUUUCUUUAGGCUGGGAUCCAAUGCAUCUUGUUCUCUGGCCCUCGCGAGAUGGAUCAAGUGGCAAGAGAAAGGACUGGUAGCGGACGAAGACAACGAUUCACACAUCUAGGCGGGAAUGCUUUGAUAGGAAAGUUUGGCGAUUGGGGUGAUUUACAUCAAUGUCUUGUCUUGAUUCAUACUAAGUUAUAGAAAAUUUUGUAUUUCAUGUUUCAACCUUUCAAUGGAUCAUGUUGACUAGCACCGGUGAACUUGCACUGAGAUAUGUUUCGGCGGAUGAAGAAGCAUAGUGGCAUGAAGUAUGGUCUUCGCUUUCAACUCGUCCAGCAAGUAUGUUAGAUCUUGCGGGGUUUCAAAGCUACCUGGUAAAGCUCUUCAUACGUACUUGACCUGGGGAAAUGCACUUGGCAGGCAAACCCUUGCUUGCCAGCUCGGUAGAUGGAUCGGGCCCGGACUGUCCUUGGGACCGGCUAACUGCCGGUGUAUAUUGUAGAUCAAGUGUAGUUAUCAACAUAGUAGUUGAUGUUGAAAGGGACAUAUUACUUGUCUGGGAUGAUGUCCUGUUUGAGACAAAGACAGACUGUUCUCCUCGAG